GAUUUUAAUCUCUUAGUUUAAGAGGGUUUUUUUCAAGCCAAUGAAGAUACGUAGCAACAAACUGUGCACAUCUCUGUGAUCAUUAAAUAACUAAAUAUAGAGAUUUGCAACUUAAUCCCCGAUCUGCAACAUGUUACGAAAGCCAAAUUAAUCUGCAACUGUUCUUCGACCAAACAUUCGAAACAAAUACAUCCUUUUCAAUUUCGAAAGUAUAUUGUCGUUGUAUUAAAAUGUAACAGGACUUAGUCUUAUUUGGUUUUAGAAAAGCAUCCACGUAUAACUCAAACUUGAUAACGACCAUGGUUUCUGUUAUAUCUUUUUAAAGCCUAGUUUUUGUUACUUCUAUCAUUUUAUUUGAUUUAAACCAUUCAGAUUAAUUUAAGUUCAGCAGAACUCGAAUUCAGCUUAAAAUAUUUAAAGAUUAUAAACAGAGUUGGAUAAUAAAUUGAUUAUAUAAAAGCGAAACUGUCUCGUUCUCUUACAUUUUCAGUGUGUGAUAAAAUAUUAAGCAUAAAAGUACUUAGUAUUUUAAGAAAAUCUUACCUUCUAAAUUAUUUAUCUCUGUCCGAUUAUCUGACUGUUAAGUUUCAUGAAAUAUUGUAUCUGUUAAGAUUAUGAAUGUUUGUAAAUAUUCUCUUACAAAAGAUCCACCAUUUAUUCCAACCGAUCAUUUAAGACGCUGGAUUGAGGCGCGAAAGCAAAGUCUAGAAGUUACAUCGAUACAUCGCGAAGUGACCGAAGGUAUUCAAACGACAGUAAUGCCUUUUUACAUGGGCCGUCGAGUAACAGAGGAUAGAAAAGAAAAUGAUGUACGCUACUGGCGCUAUUUAAUCCGAUUAGAAAACCUCACGAUGGACCGCGUUCAACUUCGUGAGCGCUUUUUGAAAAUUUUCUCAAUAUCCGGAAACCUUGAGUCAAUCGGAGGAAAAGGAGUUGUAGGGAUGCAACCUGUCCUUUCUCCAGAAUGUCCAGUUUUUCAGUAUCACAGUCAUAUCCACUUCCCCGUGGAGUGGGCCCACGUGUGGGGAACGUUUCGGUUUGAAAGACACAAUGGCACUAGUUUAGAUGUUAAAAUACCAUCUUUCCCGCUGUAUGAUCCCACGUCUUAUUCAAACUCGAGUAACGAAAACCUUGGUUAAUUAUCCACAAUGAUCUUCGUGCGAGCCUGGUUACCUGAUUUUGACACUCUAAAGACAAUUGUAUGUCUGUUUAAACGACUGCAGCACACACUAAAAAUUGUAACCAUAAUAAAUAAAAAGUUUAGAUUUCUAUCGAAAUUCCAUUUAUUUAUACUUCACAAAAUGCGUCCAAAUGAUUUGCUUCGCAAUAAGAAAAUGCACAUCUAUUCACUCAUGAAUAUCUUGCAUGACUUUAAAACCAAGAAGUUAUUUUUAAGAUUUGCAAGGUAACACUAUAAGGAAGAAAAUAUCUCAAAAUAAACAGUUUAAUGGAAAAUCAAGGUGCUUUAGCAGCUUAAAUUAAUAAGUCUCAGGGAGAGCACGGAUAAGGAAAAAUCUCAGCUUGUUUGUAAUCAGAAAGUCAGUGAAAAACAAAUAAUUUGAUUUCGGUAUAGCUCUAAUUGUUUAAACUCCUAGUUGCAUAUAACUACGAAAAUCUAGACCUAAGGCGCUUAUCUGGAGAUUUUCUGGGAUAUACGUAUAUGGUGAGGUAGGAUAAUUGGUUUCUCUUUUGCAUGGGGAAAUGUAAAUUGUGCAGCAUACCUCGCAAAAUGAUUACACUUAAGGAAGCUUGAAGUAAAGCGGUGGUAUAUAGAUACGUAUGUACUGACAAUAAAUCAUAUAUACAAACAGGGUGGAAUAAAAACAGUAACUAAGAAAUCUUCAAAAUGAAAGAAAAGGCAGUUUAGACACCAUAUAGGAGUGGCCGUAACGCGGAUUCUAAUCACAGUAUUUCCCGACUUAAAGCAUUUGUAAUGAAAAUGAACAGCGUAAUUGUGACCGGAACGGUGGUUCGUGAAUAUGCAGGAUGAAACGGCCAGUAGUUAUGGUUCUUUGUUUCUAUUUUCGUUGCUUUAAUUGUAAUGGUGAAAAAUAUAACUGUCUAUCCAGUAAGCUGUGUAAAAUUACUUGGAACAAAUGACUGCAUGAUAUUGGAUGAUCACUUGUAGCUUCAGUGAAUGAUAAUACAAAAUUAUGAAUCUCAUCAUUUCGGAGACUCAUGUAAGUUUUUCUUUAAUUCGUGUUGAAGACUUGUUUCGUACGUAGUCAGAUUUCGGAAUAAUACGAGUUGGUUCGGUUGGUGUGCACGACGAAUUGUUACGACUGUCAUUAUCACCAGUGCUAGUGGCAGUCAUGUCUCCUAUCCCAGAACUAACUGAAUCCUCAGAAUCAUGAACCGAACCAGGAGAGGUCAUUUUUUCAACUUGUUUGGGAAGCUUAUGAGACUGAUUGUCGCCAAUAACUGCGCAUGUAAAAUUUUCACUUGGUGAAAUUAAGCCUGGUAACACAGACGAUCCACUAUCCAAUUGAUUUUCAGAUGCAGGAGACACAUUUAUUGCAGCAUCACUUACCAUAUUAUCUACUGCUGUAUUGUUAUCAAGAUUAUCUUUUGUGUCUGAAAACGUUGGUAACUCUUGGAGCAUCCCAUUAUUGGCUACCGAAGUAGAGCCAUUUGUGUUAAUGACUGUGAAGUUAAUGGGUAUAGGCGUUAAACCUACUGAACUAAAUGCUCCACGUAUCGACUGACCAGGGUUGUGAACCUGCCACCCUGUACCAUUCAUAUGUGUGGGUAACUUAUGCUGUAUGUGCACGGGUGGUUGCAACAGUAUAGGAUAAAUCAAGUUAUUUGUAUGUUGUGGGAGAUUCGGUACCGUUAAGCCACAUCUACUAUCUGACCUUAGAUUAUCCGAUGACUCGGAUACUGUGACGUUUUGGACUGUUUGAUAGCCAUAGUUUUGCAUCGGAUACACAUUUUGUUGUAAACGCUGUAAAGAGUUCCGCGCACCAGAAGAUUGUAACGAUAACUGUGGAGCGGUGUAGUACACUGGCACAGGGGUGGGGAUAUGAAAAGGAUUAGUUUGAGAUACAGGAUUCUGAAAAUAAGGUGUAGCAUUCGAAUGUUGUGCAACAGCUGACAUGGCAGCUACUGCUUGGAGGUGAUUCAAAAGUGCAUUUGAUGGUCGUUGUUGGUUAGCUCUAAUUGGACUGAUGUUUGAAGAGUUGGUUAACAACUGGUUGGGGAAAUACUGCGGUUGAUGUCCAUAGUGGUUUGGAUUAAUGCUAUUACUGGUGCUUGUACUCAUGGAUGCUAAAGCAGCUGCUACAGCUAGAUUGAAAGGUUGAUUUGUGUUACUUGUUUGUGGUAUUGAAAAUGGGACAGGGUAUGACUCUAUAACAUUCCCUGUCUGACGAAUGAAAUAAUUUGGCAAAUGCGUUUGACGCCGUAUCGGUAC